UAUCCAGCUCUCACAGUAGGUGUGUUGUGACGACAUCAGUGUGCGUCGGCCCGGCGGCGGAAAAUACACCCGGAAGAGCGGGAGGAUUCGAGCUGCCGGCGAGAGAGUUGAUGGAAGUAGAGUCUGCGUAGAGUUGGAAAGUUUGUCUUUAUCAUCGUUUCGUAAGAGUGGGACAACCGUCUCACACGACAGCUCGCUGGAGAUGAGCAAACAUCCGGUUGAAGAUGUUAAUCGCUUGGAAAAGAGCCGCGCCCGAGUGGGCCAUUGCGUGGAUGCGUGUGGAGCGUCCGGAUCCCAGCUGAUCAGAGGCGCGGCGUCUGCAGGAGAAGGCUUCCAUAUGGAUGUGGUGGUGAAGGAGAUAUCACGUUGGUACUGCUGGAUCUAGUCGUGGGCGCUAUGUUGCCGAGGAACGUGGAUCGCGGAGCACGGGCAGGAGAGUGAGUGAGAGACCCGAUGAGAACGUCAUCUGACUGGACUGGACUACCGGACUACAAGCAUACGAGCACCGGCCGGAUAAGGGACAGUGGCUCCACUGUGCACCCGGACAGAGAGUCACUGUGCUUGGAAAGGGAACCAUUACCGUCACCGGUCCUCUCGCAGCAGCAGCGGGGAGCGGGGCUGAAUGCUGGAGGACACCGCGGAAAGUGUCACCAGGAGCAGUUGUGAGUGACUGACUGACCGGGGGAACAUGGCUACUUCCCCGGUCACCCCAGCAUCGCUGGAAGGAGGGACGCCUUCACCGACCGACAAUGAGGAGCCCACGAGCCCCCGACAGUCGGACAGUAACACCAGUUUCCUGCGAGCGGCGAGGGCAGGGAACAUCGACAAGGUUUUGGAAUAUCUGAAAGGAGGGGUGGACAUCAGCACCUGCAAUCAGAAUGGUCUUAAUGCACUGCACCUGGCAGCCAAGGAGGGCCAUGUGGACCUGGUCCAGGAGCUGCUGGACAGAGGAGCCGCAGUGGAUUCUUCAACAAAGAAAGGAAACACAGCACUUCACAUAGCCUCUCUAGCUGGUCAGGCUGAAGUUGUGAAGAUCCUGGUCAAACGAGGAGCUGACAUCAAUGCACAGUCACAGAAUGGAUUCACUCCACUGUACAUGGCUGCCCAAGAGAAUCACCUGGAUGUGGUGCGAUACCUUCUAGAGAAUGGAGGCAACCAGAGCACAGCCACAGAGGAUGGCUUCACCCCUCUGGCCAUUGCCCUUCAGCAGGGCCACAACCAGGUGGUGUCUAUUUUACUGGAGAAUGAUACUAAAGGCAAGGUCCGCCUGCCUGCCUUGCACAUUGCUGCCCGCAAGGACGACACAAAGUCAGCUGCCCUGCUCCUCCAGAAUGACCACAACGCUGAUGUCCAGUCGAAGAGUGGAUUCACCCCCUUGCAUAUCGCUGCCCACUAUGGGAACGUCAAUGUGGCCACACUUCUGCUGAACCGAGGGGCAGCAGUUGACUUCACAGCAAGGAACGGGAUUACUCCCCUACAUGUGGCCUCCAAGCGUGGCAACACUAACAUGGUUCGCCUGUUGUUGGACCGUGGCUCCCAGAUUGACGCUAAAACAAGGGACGGUCUGACUCCCCUCCACUGUGCGGCUCGGAGUGGACAUGAUACAGCUGUGGAGCUGCUGCUGGAGAGAGGAGCACCCUUGCUGGCCAGGACCAAGAACGGCCUGUCUCCUCUUCACAUGGCUGCACAAGGCGACCAUGUGGAAUGUGUCAAACACCUUCUGCAGCACAAGGCGCCUGUUGAUGAUGUCACGUUGGACUACCUGACAGCGUUACAUGUGGCAGCACACUGCGGCCACUACAGAGUCACCAAACUGCUGUUGGAUAAGAGGGCCAACCCCAACGCCAGGGCACUGAAUGGCUUCACUCCGCUGCACAUAGCCUGUAAGAAGAACCGUGUGAAAGUGAUGGAGCUACUGGUGAAAUAUGGAGCCUCUAUCCAGGCCAUCACAGAGUCUGGUUUGACUCCCAUCCACGUAGCAGCCUUCAUGGGUCACCUGAACAUCGUGCUGCUGCUGUUGCAGAACGGAGCCUCGCCAGAUGUCAGCAACAUUCGUGGAGAAACAGCAUUACACAUGGCAGCUAGGGCGGGGCAGGUGGAGGUUGUCAGAUGUCUGCUGAGGAACGGAGCGAUGGUGGAUGCCAGGGCUCGGGAGGACCAGACGCCCCUCCACAUUGCCUCCCGUCUGGGGAAAACAGAGAUUGUCCAGCUGCUGUUGCAACACAUGGCCCAUCCUGAUGCUGCCACAACCAACGGCUACACCCCCCUCCACAUCUCUGCCAGGGAGGGGCAGGUGGAGACGGCCUCUGUCCUGCUGGAGGCCGGGGCUUCACACUCGAUGGCCACCAAGAAAGGUUUUACUCCCCUGCAUGUGGCCUCAAAGUACGGCAGCCUAGAUGUAGCCAAACUUCUGCUGCAGCGUUGUGCUACACCUGAUUCUGCUGGGAAGAAUGGCCUCACCCCGCUCCAUGUCGCAGCACAUUACGAUAACCAGAAGGUGGCGCUCCUGCUUUUGGACAAAGGAGCGUCCCCCCACACCAUGGCGAAGAAUGGCUACACUCCUCUCCACAUUGCGGCUAAGAAGAACCAGAUGGAAAUCGCCACGGUGCUGCUGCAAUACGGAGCCGAGACCAACAUCCUGACCAAGCAGGGUGUCACUCCACUCCAUCUGGCCUCCCAAGAGGGCCAUGCCGACAUGGCUGCCCUGCUCAUCAGCAAGGGAGCCGAGAUCAAUGUCCCCACCAAGAGCGGCCUGACUGCCCUCCAUCUGGCAGCCCAGGAAGACAAAGUCGCUGUUGCUGAGAUCCUUGCCAAAAAUGGAGCCAACCUCAACCAGCAGACCAAAUUGGGCUACACUCCGCUAAUUGUAGCAUGUCACUAUGGCAACGCCAAGAUGGUCAACUUCCUGCUUAAAAAUGGAGCCAGUGUCAACGCCAAGACCAAGAAUGGAUACACUCCCCUUCACCAGGCAGCCCAGCAAGGAAACACACACAUCAUUAAUGUACUGCUGCAAUCUGGUGCCAAGCCGAAUGCUAUCACUGUGAAUGGUAACACUGCCCUGGGUAUUGCUCGGAGGCUGGGCUACAUCUCUGUCGUGGACACACUGAGGGUUGUCACAGAGGAGAUCAUCACCACCACAACGACGGUGACAGAGAAACACAAGCUGAACGUGCCAGAGACCAUGACUGAAGUGCUGGAUGUCUCGGAUGAAGAGGGCGAUGACACCAUGACGGGUGACGGAGGGGAGUAUCUAAGGGCCGAAGACCUCAGGGAGCUGGGAGAUGACUCCCUGCCAGGACAAUAUCUGGACGGAAUGAACUACCUCCGCUUCAGCCUGGAGGGGGGACGCACCGACAGUCGAUUGCGAAGUUCUGACAGGUCCUUCACGCCCACCCACCACAGCUACUACUCCCCUAAACAUGAAUGCAUGAUGGAUGACAUGCUCACCAGUCAGCAGAUUUCGUCGCUUGCCAGGGAAAAUGAGAGGGAUUCGUACCGGCUGAGUUGGGGUACAGAGAACCUGGACAACGUGGCUUUAUCCUCUAGCCCAAUUCACUCUGGCUUCCUGGUCAGCUUCAUGGUGGACGCCAGGGGCGGAGCCAUGCGAGGUUGCCGACACAACGGCCUACGCAUCAUCAUCCCGCCCAGAAAGUGUAGUGCACCCACACGAGUGACAUGCCGGCUGGUGAAGAGGCACCGUCUGGCCACCAUGCCCCCUAUGGUUGAGGGCGAGGGCCUGGCCAGCAGGCUCAUCGAGGUGGGGCCCUCUGGAGCCCAGUUCCUUGGUCCAGUGAUUGUAGAGAUCCCCCACUUUGCUGCUCUACGGGGGAAGGAGCGGGAGCUGGUGAUCCUAAGGAGUGAGACAGGAGAGAGCUGGAAGGAGCAUCACUGUGAAUACACCCAAGAGGAACUCAACCAGAUACUCAAUGGCAUGGACGAAGAGCUGGACACACCAGAGGAGCUAGAGAGGAAGCGCAUUUGCCGUAUCAUCACCAGAGAUUUCCCACAAUACUUUGCGGUGGUGUCGCGCAUCAAGCAAGAUAGUAAUCUGAUUGGUCCUGAAGGAGGCAUCCUGAGCAGCACUGUUGUGCCCCAAGUGCAGGCAGUUUUUCCUGAGGGCGCCCUCACCAAGAGGAUCAGGGUCGGCCUGCAGGCCCAGCCAGUGAACGUGGAUGUAGUGAGGAAGAUCCUGGGGAACAAGGCCACCUUCAGCCCCAUCGUCACGCUGGAGCCCCGUAGGAGGAAGUUCCAUAAACCCAUCACCAUGACUAUCCCUAUCCCCAAAAGCAACUCCGACCCGGUCCUCAAUGGUUUCGGAGGGGACACUCCUACCUUACGACUGCUCUGUAGUAUCACCGGUGGAACAACGCCAGCCCAAUGGGAGGAUAUAACAGGAACCACUCCAUUAACAUUUAUUAAUGACUGUGUCUCUUUCACAACCAAUGUGUCCGCCAGGUUCUGGCUCAUAGACUGUCGGCAAGUCCAGGAAUCUGUCAACUUCUCCACUCAGGUGUACAGGGAGAUCAUCUGUGUCCCUUACAUGGCCAAGUUUGUCAUCUUUGCCAAGACCCACGACCCCAUUGAGGCCCGCCUGCGCUGCUUCUGCAUGACAGACGACAAGAUCGACAAAACACUGGAGCAGCAGGAGAACUUUACAGAAGUGGCCCGCAGCCGGGAUGUAGAGGUCCUUGAAGGCAAGCCUAUCUAUGCAGACUGCUUUGGAAACCUUGUUCCCCUCACCAAAAGUGGCCAGCAUCAUCUCUUCAGCUUCUUUGCCUUUAAGGAGAACCGACUAGCACUCUUCAUUAAAAUCAGAGACAACACUCAGGAGCCGUGUGGCCGUCUGUCCUUUAUGAAAGAACCCAGAAACUACAGGUCACUCACCCAAAAUGCCAUAUGCAACCUCAACAUCACCCUCCCAUCAUACUGCAAGGAGUCCGAUUCAGACCAAGAGCAAGAGGAAGAGACCAGCAGAACGAUAGAGAAAUAUGAAGAGACGGAGACAUCAGUCCUGAAAUCAGAGCUGAUUCGAGAACCAGACCUCCUAUCCGACGUGUCAGAGAUGAAACAAGAUUUGAUCAAAAUGACUGCCAUCUUGACCGCAGACUCCACAGAGAAAUCCCCUUCCUUAGGAGGGUGUGGUAUAGAGAAAGGGACUGAGGAAGUUUCUGGAGAGCCAUUAGAAAUAAUGGAAAAGGACUUAGAGAAAGUCAAAGAGGACCUAGAAAAAGUCAGUGAGAUACUGAGAAGUGGAACAUAUGAGGGGGAGGCGGCAGAGGAGGCAGCAAAAGCAGCUAGAAUGGCUGAGGAUUGGGUUCUCCUCUCAGACAGUGAGAUAGAGGAGGCCAAAAAGAUGGCAGCCUUAGAAAUUCAAGAGCCUGUCUUACGUGAAACUAGAGCUAAUAGAGGGGCUCCCAGGCCUAAAGCCAUAAAGGACAGUGGUGAUCUCAAAGAAUACCUCCUGGAUGCACCAGUAAGCUCUAAAAUAAAAGCUAAGAAAGAGCCAGUUGUCCAAGAAAGAUUCACUGAUGUUGUACUGCGCAAAAGUGCAAAACCAACCACUCCAACCAAAGUGCAAGAAAAAACCACAGCUGGCGAUGUUAAAAAACCAGUCAGAAGAAAGGGGAAAGACCAGGGGCAAGCAGAGGAAUCGACAGAAGCAAGUGCUCUUCUAAGUGUGCCUACAGCCCCAGCUCCAGCAUCACCUGUAUCCCCAGUGGUUGAAGAAACUCCCAUUGGGUCAAUAAAGGACAAAGUAAAAGCCUUACAACAGAAAGUAGAAGCAGAGCAAAAGAGCAAAAAGGUCACUGGAAGUAAGCCUUCACAAUUGCCUGUUAUAAGCAAACCUUCUUCAAAAGCCAAAGAAAGCCCUAAAUCAAAGCAGGGCCCUCCCAAGUCCCCUAAAGCUGAAUCUGAAAAACUUGAGGAGACCAUGUCAGUUAAAGAGCUGAUGCAAGCAUUCCAAACAGGGCAGGACCCCUCAAAGAGAAAGUCUGGGCUAUUUGAGCUCAAAACAUCCACUGCAUCAAGAUCAGAGAAAACCACAAAAUCAGAAACCAUCCAGUCAAAGUCCAUGACCAAAGCAAUAACCUCACAAAUCUCUCAAGAAAAAGAAGUAUCUUUGGAUUCCAAACCUCUCGAGGAAGAGACCACUCAGCAAGACAGAGAGAAAGAAACCAAGUCAGUUGCUGCCACCCAUUCAGAGCUAACUGAAACUGUAGACUUUGGAAAUGGUGGCCUUGAUGAUAGCUCUGACAGCUUAAAACAUGAAGGUGCGGCAGACUCACUAAGUGCCAGUCCUGGAGAUGGAACCCCUCAUCUGAGCUCUGAGGACAGUUAUAAACAUGAGGGUCUAGCCACUCCAGGUACAAGCCCUGAAAGUCUCUGUCUUUCUCCCAAAAAUGGACACCAGACUUCUAAAACUUCGGCAGAAACUGCCACAACAGUCAAACAUGAAAGUAAAGACACAGAGAAAUCUGGAGACUCUGGUGUAGGGACCACUGGUGACCAACUGUCUACAGAAUUGACCCUCCCUGUCUCUUCCAGCGAGGCUGCAGAUGACCACACUACAAGUGAGUCCAUAUCUGUUAUGAGGAGCGAGUCUAAGCCAUCCAAACCUCAAAAGCUUACAAAGAGAAUUUCAGAGACUGUAGAAACUUUUCUUAGCGAUGAUGACAGCCCUGAUUGUCAGCUAGCAUUGCCUUUAGUUGGUUCUCCAGCUUCUAGAUCCUCUUAUCAGCGUCAUGAAAGCUUAGAGCUGCCUUUAAAACAAGACUCAGAUGCUCUCAGUCCAAUAGCUGAUGACUCUUUGACAAUAAGCCACAGAGACUCUCUAGAGGGUAGUCCUCUUAUGGAUGAAAACUCCUCCCAUAAGUCCCCAGACUCCAUUGAACCUAGCCCAACCAAGGAAUCACCCCCCCAUGACUCCCUAGAGAGCAGCCCUGUAGAGCUAAAGAGCUACCCAUCCUUCCCAUCAACACUAGAUCCACCCAGUAAAUCCUCUAGCCAUCCAGAGCCCUCCAAAGCUACAGACUUCCCCCAAGAUGCUUUGCGUGGUAGGCUGCUCCGAGACCAUGAGGCUAGUGCUGAUGAUGACAGUUGUGAGCAGACAUCUCAGAUGACAAGUUCCGACCCAGAAGAAGAGGAUACAUCAGACAGCUAUGAAGCUAAGAGAAAAUUCACUCCGGAGGAGGAGAUGUUUAAGAUGGCAGCCAAAAUAAAAACAUUUGAUGAAAUGGAGCAAGAAGCGAGGACCAAAAAGAACUCUAGAAAAGAUGUGUUUCCCUCAGCUGAUGCCAAAAUAGGGGAUGACAGCUAUGAAACAUUAGAGCCCACAACAGGUUUGCAUGACGGAUCCCACAGCAAAGAGGUCAAGAACACAACAACAACAACAACAACAGCCAGUGUCACUUCAGAGGGACCUCACUCUGUCUCAGACCAGCAACAUUCCAAAUCCAAACUGAAAACUGCACAGGAACCGCCAUCUGUAACAGCUGAUAAAGACAGUACUGCCAAAAAGGCUGCUGUAACAUCAAACACUGAAAACAGAACUGAUGAGCAAAAGGAGGAGAGCUUAAGGAAAUCAAGAGAAAAAGAAGAUGAUCAGGAUGAUGAAGAAUUAGGUGUUAGGUGUAGCAAUGUAACAGAUGAAGUGAAAGGAGAUCAAAAGGGGCAUACAGGCACACCAGAGGCUGGACUUGGUGCAACUGUUGCCAUAGGUCAAACAAAGGGAAUGUUCAAACCGGAGGUCUGUAUCUAUGAUGACACAGAGGAAGAUGAUGAGGCACUGGAAGCUCCCAGAACCGAGUCAAAAGGUGUCACUGCAAGAGUAGACACUGAUUCAUGGUCUGCCAUGCGGGAGGAUGAUGCAGCUUUUGCAGCUCGUGUCAAAGAGGAGGAACAGAAGAUAUUGAAUCUGGUGGUGGAUCGUCAGUCUUUGCAAGCAACUCCAGACACAACACCUGGUAGAACACCUACAGAAGAGAGCACUCCUACCAGUGAGCCCAACCCUUUUCUGUUCCAAGAAGGGAAGCUCUUUGAGAUGACUCGAAGCGGUGCUAUUGACAUGACUAAAAGGAGCUAUGAGGAAGAGGGGGGUGGCUUUGCCUUUUUCCAGAUAGGUGAACAGCCUUUAGAGGAACCUGUCAUAGAAGAGGCCAGUAGAGAAAGUAGGAGAUCAGCAGCAGAACCUGAAGUUGGCCUCAAUCUAACACUAGAGGUUAAGACUGAGGAAGAUGAGAAAUCAAAAGAAACAACUGAUUCUCUGCUUCAGUCCCCACCUGAAGGCGAUCAGCCUGCCUCUAAAGUUGAUGCCUCCAAAUCUAAAAUCCCUAAAAUGGGCAUUUCAGCUUCAGCCAAACCUACAAAGAAAGAUCAAACAUCCCCUGAAUGUCUAGAGACUAAAACAGACAGAAAUAUAAAUGAAGGAUCCUUAGAUUUAGACACAAGCUCCCCUGACCAAAUGAUAACGAAUGUACAGACAGCAGAAACUACAGUCACUAGAUCGGUUUACUCUGAGCAGGACCAAGAGUCCUCUGAUUCCUCUCCAGAGGAACCACAGUCAGUGAUAGAAGCCCCCAAACCAACAGGAAAGUCCAAACAAAGUACUUCCAGUAGUGUUAAAAAGACUCCAGUCAAAACACAAGCUAAGUCUGCUCCUCAAGGUCGGGGUAAAUCUACAAUAACCUCUCCAGCUCAUGCAACUUCCUCUUCAAGCACUCUUAAGAAAGAGGCCUCCUUCACUGCUGAGUCUAAAUCUAGAAUUCCAAUCAAGGCUAGCUCUCUCAAGCCUGAUUCUACUGUCAAACGUGCUGAAUCUACCCAAGACAAAAAACUUAAGGUCCCUGUAAAAAAGGAUACAAGGAGAAAAUCUGAGACAGAUGCAGGUCCCUCUGUGGAUGUCAAAACCAAGACACCAUCUUCCAAAGCCAAGAGCUUCUGCGAGGGGGAGUCUACCAGGCCAUCUGCUAAAAAAGAACAGGGUCGUCCCACGAGUGCAGAGUCAGCAAAAUCUAAAGGUUUCCAGUCCAGAUUGCCAGUCAGAGGCAAAAGUGGUCAGUCAUCUCAUUCAUCAACACCCACUAAAGAAAAAAGUAUGCCACGCAAGCAUUCCAUUGAGUUCUUUGAAGAGAUAAGUGAUGAAGCAGCAAAACUUGUGGAAAGGUUGGCCCAGGCAGAGACCGAGAAAGAACAAGAGGCUGCAGCCGCCAACUCAGAUGACGAGAGCAGUCUCAUUGAUCCAUCAAUCAUAGAAAGAGAAACUUUCCCUGAGAUGCAGUUCCCUCCCUCAGGAGACGUCUUUCCCAUUAGACCACUGUGGGACGACCCUGUUGAGACACAGAUGCAGCGAAUCCCAGAUGAUAAAGUCCAAAGUCAAGUAGAUCCGCAGGAUGAAGCAGAGAGAAAAGAGCAACGGUUGGCCAUUAUAGCCGACCACCUGGGCUUCAGCUGGACGGAGUUGGCUCGUGAACUGGACUUCAAUGAGGAGAGGAUCAACCUGAUAAGGAUUGAAAACCCCAACUCACUGCAAGACCAAAGCCAUGCCCUAUUGAAACUCUGGGCAGAAAAGGAGGGAAAGCAUGCAACAGAAACAACAUUGAUCAAAACACUCACUAAGAUCAACCGAAUGGACAUUGUUCAUCUUAUUGAAACCAAGAUAAUCAAAUCCAGUCAGGAGGAGACAUCAUCACAUACCUAUGCAGAAAUAGAGCGGACCAUAGCACUGGAUCAUAGUGAAGGUUUCUCUGCCCUUCAUGAAGACAUUGACAGCCCCAGGCCAGGCAGGCGUACAGAGGCCACACGUAGGAGUCCAGGCUCAGGACAAGAGGUACCCAUGGUGUCAGCAGAAGACCUGUCCUCUAGUUUGUCAUCGCUUCAUGAGAUGACGGGGCGAUCAGACACAGACUCCACAGCAACAGGUCUUCUUAGAAAUGCCCAGAAAGAGAAACUUCAAAAAGAGAUGGAAACAACAUACUCAUCACAAAGAGUAUAUGAGGAAUUGACAGACUCGGUACACAAAGGCAGUUUUAGACAAGAGAUAGCAGAGGAGCUAGGGAUGCUGUCCUCUGAUAGCUCAGAGGAGGAGGUGCUGACCACCAGGGUGGUCCGACGCAGAGUUAUCAUUCAGGCGGACAAUUUACCAGAUAUCCCACCACAGACUGUCACAGAGGAGAAGUACACAGAUGAGCAUGGGAACAUGGUAGUUAAGAAGAUUACACGGAAGGUGAUUCGCAAAUAUGUGUCAGCGGAUGGCAUGGAGACACAGGAAGUGACCGUUGAGGGCUCUCACCAGGAGACAGUGCAGAUAGAGGAGGGAGACACUGUCUCCAAAGUGGUGAAGAGAACUGUUCUUCGCAGCGAGGGGGAUCAGAAAGAGUUGACCUUCUCAGAGCCCCUGGCCUUGGGCGCCACCACAGCGUCAGAGUUUGAGGUGGAGCCAGUGCAGGGUCGAAAAGUUAGCAAAGUUGUCAAGACAACGGUGGUGACAGGCGAGAGGAUGGAGAAACAGAUGGGAGACUCCUCGCUGGCUGCAGAUCUUCCCUCAGCCAGAGAGGACUUUGAGAAGGCAUUGAGUUAUGCUGGAGGCUUUGGGAAAGUGCUACUUCCUCAUUUAGUAGAGAAAGAGAUUGUGCAGGACGACGGUUCUGUGGUUAAAAGAAGCCAGAUGCGUAAGUCGCGAACCCAGAAGAGGACUGUGGUGAGGGAUGCCCAGGGGAAGCACGUGCACCUGGAGCGUCUGGACGACACCCCAGACGCCCUGCAGCCCGACGCACUGCAGCAGCACCUGCACCGACUUCUUCAACACUACUGCGAGGACAACCAGGAGAAGGAAGAUGAGACGGAUGAUGACAGAGAAGAUGAGAAGGAGGAGGAGGAGGAGCGUUUUGACUGAGCAGCUGCUUCCCUACAUCUUCCACUGAAGCCUUUGGUGACGUACUCUUCCUCAGAUCAUGAUGUUCCAGAUCCCUUUCUUGUUAUCCUCGCUGAUCACUGGAUUGUUUUUUUUCUGUCUUCUUCUUUUUGUGGAAUAAUGGAACAGUAUUUCUGUGCUUUAUUUUGUGUUUCAUUUGCUCCUUUUGUGACCAAAGAUAGCACCCCUCAUUUUUCGGAUGAAUUUUUUUUUCCGGUGUUACCCAUGUUUUUACCUUUUGGCUGCUGUGGUGUGAUUAAGGUAUGACGCACCAAAGGUGGAUCCAAGUCAAGGGGGCAUCUUGGACGUUCGCCUCAUGCACGGGCCUCUUCGUGAAGAACUCUUGUAAACAUUUGUACAUAGAGGAGAUGAAAAAAUCAUGCUUGGACUGGGAAAAAAAAAGAAUAAAAAAAAAAUUCAAAGCAUUUAAUACAUUAGCCCACCUAAACCUGCUGUACAUGCACCGAUUCAGCUGGAGAAUGGCCACGGUACAGAUGAGAUUAAUGUUACAUAGGAGUGAAUGAGUGUAUCAUCAUGGACUCUUUACAGCCAAACAUCAACCUGUUGAUCUGUUUACAAAGAGGUGUGCACCUUUAGGCUGUGUGAUCACACCUUUUGUCUUCCCAUCAUGCAUCUGCUCUUUUUUUAGUUUAUGUGUCUGUCCUGCUAACGUGUGUCGUGCAUUCACAUUUUAUCCGUCACAGAGCUGCCACCUCUGUGUGUGUAUAUACAACGUGUCAUUUGAAAGAAAGUAGUGAUGAGGAAUGUUUUCUGAUGCAGAUCGAGCACUUACCCCGCUGUCCUCAUAACUCUUAAGCUGUGUUUCACCUUCACACGUGCUGCUCCUCACCUUAAACUGCAGCACUCACAUGAUUGUCCUCCAUCAAGCCUUUUAAAGGAUUAGACCUAUAUUUUUCUUCUUACUGUCAACGAACCCCAUGAAAAGACACAAUCCAACAAUGAAUUGAUCUACUUACAAGUAUUGUGUGUGUGUGCAAAGUCUGAUAUAUCUUAUUAAUAUGUCUUAUUAUUGCUGUAGACCUUUGUUGUUGUCCAAAAACACUAACACAUCAGAGAGCCACACCGCUGCACUGGGUCACAUGUUCUCUCAUCAGGUACAUUUUCAAUUCUUUGAUUUUGAAAACACUACAAACCGCUGUUUUAUCAUGGGACAAAUAAGUCAACGUGAGGUGUAAUAUUAUUAACAAUUUUUAGAUUUUAUUUAUGCUGAUGAAUUGUUUUGUUAAAAUUAGUAGACGUGUGUUAACCUAAAGGGGCACUUCACAUGUUUCACAUGUCAGUCUACUUAUCAGCCCAAGAAAACUGUUGUAUAAUGUCUCAAUAUUGUCAAGUCUGAUAAAAUGACCCUGAUGAUGUCAUGGUGAUGUCAUCAGGGUGAUCUCAGCUUGUCCUUGGAGACUAAAUUAUAACAGAAAGCCUGCGUUAUAAAGCGUGAGUUAAAGUGUGUAGUGUGAGUGUGAGUUAAAGUGUGUAUAAAGUGUGGAGUUAAAGGGUUGUUUACAGAGCAGUGUGUAAUGAAGAUGAUGCUAUUGACUUGCAUUAUGGGAAAUGUAGGAUUAAGGAUUUUUUGGAGUUUAACCCAUACUAGGGACUAAAAGUCAGGAUGUCUCUUCUCACUUCUCCUGACAAUUUUGAAAUUUGUGUUGUGUUUUCUAACUUUUAAGUUUCCUAACUUUCUAGAAGUGCAAUAUAAAAUGUAGUGUGAGUGUCCCUUUAAGACCUGAUCAACAAAGGAACCAAAAAACAUCCUUUGAAACGUUUGCUAAAAACUACAGUGAGCAGCUGUUUUAGGAAAUUACAGAGCCUUUUUAAAAAUAAAACUACUAGCUGUUUUUAAAGAUUGACAUCUUCAGCGGGAACCAAUGAGCUUGGAGCUGAGAAUCACAGACCGUGCAGGAAAGGAGAAAACUAUUGAGAGACAGACUAACACAUUAUUGAUUUGGUCUUUUUAUGGGUUUUGUUGACAGAAAGAAAAAUAUAGAAUAACAAUCUGAUCCUUUAAGAUUGUAGUCUCUACACAGAACAGAUGCUUUGCUUUAACUUUUGUCUUGUUAUCACUGCUAUCAAAGGAUCAACACAUCAUCUUAAUUUCUGAGCACAGGUUGACUUCCACAUACGUACAGACCCUCUGCUUAUCAGUUAUCACACAUACUUCCUUAUUUAUUUAUUGCUGUCUGUUUGUGAUCCCUGUAAACUCCGGCGUUUGAAGCUGAGAGUGGUGUGUGUGUGUGUGUGUGUGUGUGUGUUUGAAUGUGUUCUAAACCUAAAAGUAAUGACAAUUUUUUUUUUUUUUUGCCAUUGUAGACAAACAGGAUUCAGUUUGAAAGUUGGUAGAAACAUGUUGAGACUGAUGAAGUGUGUUUGGUGUUCAUCUACAGUUCACACUUUAUCUAUGUAACAAUACAAUCCUACACGUUGCCAUUUACUUUGAGUGUGAUCCAAUGGAAGAAUAAAAGAAAUGUCAAAAAGAGA